AUGACCGCACCACCAGUUCGCCAGUGGGGUGUCACUCCUCCGAUUUCGACAGUCUUGCCGACCCAGGGCGAGCUUGCGGCGAACGACGAUCUGAUUGCGGAGCUCAAGGCUCAGAACAACUUCGAGCUCCCCACUGAGACAGAGAAAAGGCAACAAGUCCUCCAAUUACUGCAGCGCGUCGCAGUAGAAUUCGUGCAAGCGGUCAGUCGCAAGAAGGGCCUGUCAAAUGCCGCCGUUGAGGCUUCCGGCGGUAAAAUCUUCACAUAUGGAAGUUAUCGCCUGGGUGUUUAUGGACCAGGAUCCGAUAUCGAUACCCUAGUGGUUGGACCGAAGCAUGUCCUGAUCGAUGAUUUUUUCUCCGACUUCCCUCCUAUCCUCCAAAGAAUGGCCAGCGAAGGUGCAAUCGAGAAGAUGACACCAGUGCCCGAUGCCUUCGUUCCCAUCAUCAAACUUGAACUAUGUGGAAUCAGUAUCGAUUUGAUUUUCGCGCGCCUUAUUAUCCCUGCUAUCCCGAUGAACCUGGACCUUAAGAACAAUGAUUAUCUCCGAGGACUGGAUGAGAGAGAAGUGCGGUCGCUGAAUGGAACUCGUGUCACAGAUGAGAUUCUAGAGCUUGUUCCUCAGCAAAAAACCUUCCGUCUUGCAUUGCGCGCUAUCAAGCUUUGGGCUCAACGGCGAGCGAUUUAUUCCAACAUUGUCGGUUUCCCCGGUGGUGUCGCGUGGGCUAUGUUGGUGGCUCGAGUUUGCCAACUCUACCCUCAAGCCAGCGGAUCUGUCAUUGUGGGCAAGUUCUUCCGGAUCAUGAACAAGUGGAGCUGGCCCCAGCCCGUCUUACUGAAGCAGAUUGAGGAUGGCCCGCUUCAGAUGAAAGUCUGGAACCCGAAGAUUUAUCAUGGCGAUCGGUUCCAUCUGAUGCCCAUCAUCACUCCCGCAUAUCCGUCCAUGUGUGCGACGCACAACAUUAGUAUGUCCACGAAGGCUGUCAUCCUGAGGGAGCUCCAGCGAGGAGGAGAUAUAGUGGACAAGAUCUUCAUGAAACAGCUCUCGUGGAAUGAUCUGUUCACUCGCCAUACAUUCUUCACCAACGACUACAAGUAUUAUAUCAGCAUAACUGCCUCUAGCAGGACUAAGGAGGCCGAGUCAGCCUGGUCAGGUCUUGUCGAGUCCAAGCUGCGCCACCUUGUCGGAGCUCUUGACCGCAAGCCCAUCAUUGCAGUUGCCCACCCAUUCCCCAAAGGCUUCGAAAGAAUUCAUACUAUCGCCAACGAACAACAGAUGGAAGCCGUUAAGAAUGGAUCUACACAGUAUCAGGCUAAGGGCACCAAAACUGAGAUGACUGAUGAGACGAAGGAUGCCGUUCACCAAGCCGCUAUCCAAAACACCCUCGAGAAUGCAGAGGUCCCAGAGCCAAGCGAAAGCCAGACGAAACCGGAAACCGAUGGUCACACCGUCUACACUACUACGUAUUAUAUCGGACUGGAAUUGAAGCCUCUCGAACCAGGUCAAUCACGAGAGCUGGACAUCUCCACCGAUGCGAACAUUUUCAAGUCCAAUUGCACGUCGUGGACAGGGUUCCAGCCUGAGGUCAUGGAAUUAGCUGUCACUCAUACUCGCAACUUCGAUUUGCCAGACGAUGUCUUCGAGCCCGGUGAGGUCAAGCCUGUUCGGCCGAAGAAGAAGGUCAUCAAGAGGACGGAAGCAGCCGGCCAGAAACGGAACAUCAGCCAGUUGGACGGCUCGUCAGAAGUAAACGCGAAACGCCAUGCCGCCACUCCAGCUUGA